AUGCGAAGGAAAUCAGGAUCAGAUGCCAUUGAGCUUACCACCACUAAUGUCUUUCUGCGCGAACAAUACACAACCAUACUAGAUCCUAGGUUUCUCCAGCCUACCUCUCGCCCGUUCGCAACAUGGGAGCUCCCAGAGUCUGUCACAACCGAUCUUGACUGCAGCGGGAAGCGAGUGGCCGGCUCUGCUGAACUGAUCGCACUGACGCGCGAUAGGUUGGGAAAUGUGGUUGGAAAAUAUACAGUCGAGUGGAGUGAGAAAGAUGGUCAAUUAUCUGGCGCGGUUAGGAAGGAAGGAAGCCCUAUACGGCAUUUCAAUGUACACGAGGAGCUCCUAGGAGACCGUAUAUAG